CGUAGUUGGUUGAGGGCCAUUUGAUGAUGACUGAAGCAAAUACGGACUGGAAUGAACCUCGGCAAGAAAAUGAAGCUUGUGUAGAUAAUCAAAAAGUUCAAGAUACUCAAGGUGUAGAUAUUGUACAAGGAGAACCGAAAGAAAGAUUGGCGGAACAGGAAAACGUGGACUGCGAUAAAGAGGAAGACCGAGAAUGCACAUCACAGUCUCUAAGGUUGGUUGAAGCUGCUAAAGCUGCCCUUGUGGCUGCCGCAGCCCUUAGAGACGAACAACUGUCUUCUAAUGUUCAAAAAGAAUCUGCGGAAGGUUUAUCACUUGAUACGGAUAUUGACACUUGCUUGCCACAUUUUGAAGGGGAUUCCGGGAGUCCCGACAACACUGUAACCGAACAGCAAGUUACUAUCCCAAAUAUUCAGCAAAGCGUUUUCAAUGAAAGGACAAAGUUGGAGCUACAAGAAAGGGAAAAUGCCAAUCAAGGGGAAAGUAUUGAUGUUGAAGCCACAAACAGUGAUGUUGAGCGUGGUGCCCAAAAUGAAGCAGUUAAUGCGUUGCUUUGUAACAAAACUGCUUUGGAAAGCCAAUGUUCCAUUGCAGCAAUAUGCAGUGAGAACACUACAACUUCCAACACCUUUGUCCCAUCUUCACCUCAGCUUACAGAGUCCUAUUCUGAACAGUCGAAAAAAGCGGAAGGUAGUAACUCUUCUAGCGCGAAAGAAAGUAGCUCUUAUAUUGCGAAGAGUUCUUUCAACAGACCAGCUGACAGUCGUGUAUUUAUUGGCAACUUGGCUUCUGAAAGAACAACUGUUGCUGAACUUGUUUCUAUUUUUUCAAAGUAUGGCAAUCUGAUUGAAGAGCCUGUUAUCCGUCGUUCGUUCGGUUUUGUUCAAUAUGAUAAUGCAGAUUCAGCGUACAGAGCUAUUGAAGCUGAACAGGGAAGAGUCAUCGGUGGAAUGCCAAUUGAUUUGAGUCUCGCAGACAAUAGAGACUCUCGAAGGAACCCAAGGACACAUUCUGUUGUUGGUCCAGAUAAGUCGCGAAAGAACACAGGGACAGAUCGUUUCAAUCCCUAUGAACGUGCUGGUAGACCAAACACAAUUGGAAGACCUGCAAGACAAUCUAAAGGCAAUUUUCGGAGGCCUAGACGAUUUGACUCUCGAAAUGGUGUUGCUGUUCGUGUCCUAGUUAUGGGACAGCAUGCCAGAGGUUAUGCGCACAGUUGCGAAGCCACUAUUCGAGCUUUCCUAGGCCUUCAAACUGAUGUUGUAUAUAUAGAAGCGAAUAAGCUGGGAGACUCUUUGGAACUGGCAAAGGAACAGUUAGUGCCAUACGUUAUUGUUGUGAAUUCCAAGGAUGAGAGAGAAGGUUCCUGUUCUCUUCGAAUUUUGGAUUUUGAAGGAUAUCAGAAGGUGAAAGGUGGAUCAUUACCCUUUCGAGAAGUUUUAAAUAUCAUUGUUGAAGAGGAAGAUUUAGAACAACAAGUCAUUAUGAAUAUGAAUGCCUUAGCACCACUUGGUUUUCCAGGUGGAGUAGACACGACAUCGAAUCCAAGUGGCAAUUCGCGUAGUUCUGGUCGCUCUGGAAAUGCAAGAGCGGCUCGCGACUCUCAUCGAAACUUAUCACAGUCGUCAACAUCCGUAACCUAUCCCACUUAUUCUAAUCUUCCUGGCAAUACUCAAGCUUGGCCUAUGUAUGGCGCCGUUUCGAAUAGUCCAGGAUCCAAUAUCAGUUCAAUGGGUUUGUCAGGUCAGCCUUCAUCCUUAAUGACAAUGCAGAAUCAAUCGUUGCAUUUGAAUCCGCAACAGCAGCCGAUGACACAAAAUUUGGGUUAUCUCCAAAAUCAGGCUCAAACAAAUGUUGGCAUCUCAAGUGCCACUCCUUAUGCGUCAUUAUUGAAUAGUCUCUCUAUGCUUCAACAGUCGCAGAAUUCGUCACAGCCAGGAAUUCCUUCCUCAGGACAGUAUAGCAUGUCCAACAUAUUACCUUCUGGACAGCAAACUGUGGAUCUUGCAAAGGUAGCGAAUACUUUAUCUUCGCUUUCUCAGUUUCAACAGCAACCGCCACCUAUGACUCGACCGUCGAAUUAUUCACAAACAGCAGUUUCUUCAGGAUAUAACAUUGCAAACAUGCUUCAAUCCCUUCAAAAUAGUACAUUGCCUAAUGUUUCUUCUGGCAUUCCAUCAAUAUCAUCUCAGUUACCAGGAUCUUCAUCUGCUACCGUGCCUACGAAUCUCCUUCAACUAUUGCAACAAGCUCAAGCUCACGUUGCGAUGGCACAGCAACAACAACAACAACAGUCCAAUCCUUCGCAAACUCGUCGUUAACAAUCCAUAUCUUAUUCUUUG